AUGGCGGAACCGCUCGUCUUCAGAGUAGGUAAACUUGUGGAUGAUUUCCCAGAGGCUGCAGAAUUAUGGGGUGCUGGCGACACCGACCUGGAGGAUACCUUUUCCUAUCUUCAAAGUAUAGUGCCCGAUGCGGAAAAGCGGGUCCUCAGCGACCAGAGCGACAAGGACAUCGAACAAUGGCUGGAGGAUCUCAAAGAUGCUUUCUAUGAGGCGGAGGACUUACUCGAAGAAUGGAGCAUUGACGUCAUGCCAUUACAAGAAUCGCCGAGCAAAGACGAGAAGUUGAAGCAGGUAAUUCCCUCCUCCUCUUCGCCUUCUGAAAAACCUGAUUUAAGGCUGGAGAUGAGCACCCGUGCGAAGGAAAUCAGGAAGAGACUAGAAGCCAUCGCUGCAGAAGGGACGGAUUUGGGCUUGCGAGAGUGCGCGGUGGUUGUGCGUGUAGAGAGAAGAGAGCGGUUGGACGCCUUUGUGUGCGAUGAGGAGAUUAUAGGGAGAGAAGAUGCUAAAAGCGUAAUUUUGAAGUUCUUGCUAGAUUCUAAAACUGAUGAUCAAAUUCCCGUCCUUUCAAUAUGGGGUGACGAUGGGGUUGGAAAGACUGCUCUCGCUCGAUGUCUAUACGAAGAUGACAUGGUCAAGAAGCAUUUUGAUUUAAGGAUUUGGGUUAACGGCUUCGGUAAUCUCGAAGGGGAAUUGCGAAAGAUCAGAGGAAGAGAGACAACAGGGAGAGAAGAUGACGUGUUGCGGUUGCAAAGAUAUCUCCUAGUUAUUGACGAUCUCCAGGAUGAGGAUCGUGGACAAUGGGGGAGCUUGAAAAGUUUAUUGAUGGGAGGUGCCCGAGGAAGCAAGAUUCUGAUAACUACACGCGAUCGCGGUAUUGAGAAGCUGCCGAGUUCUAUUUGUGAGUUGAAGCACCUGACAUUUCUAGAUCUCUCUGAAAAUGAAGGAAUCAUAAGGCUUCCUGAUUCUGUGACAAGAUUGGAAACCUUGCAAGUACUUAAACUCAAUAUGUGUUACAAGCUAAUAGAAUUGCCUGAAGAUUUUAGAAAAUUGGUCAACCUACGGCAACUUGAGAUAAGCGAUUGUAGUGCCCUAUCUCAUAUGCCACAAGGGUUGGGCCAGUUGACUCUUUUGCACACUCUAACAGAUUUCCUUCUGCCCAGGAAUGAUUCUUGUCCACAGAAUCACAGUGGGCUUGGGGAGUUAAACAAGUCAAGCAAUUUGAGGGAAGCCUCAGAAUUGAAGUGA